AUGUCAGAAAAAAAUUAUUAUGAAAUACUUGGAGUUAGCCCCGGUGCUACUCAAAAAGAAUUAACAAAAGCUUACCGGAAAUUAGCCUUAAAACAUCACCCAGAUAAAGGAGGAGAUGAAGAAGAGUUUAAGAAAAUUAGCAAUGCUUAUGAAGUUUUAAUGGGAGAAGCAGAGCGACGCCAAGGAACAGCAGGAAUGAAAUUUCAAUUUUCCAACAAACCUGGUUCAGAUAAAUUUAAGGAAUUUGAAGAAAUGUUGAAAGAGGUAGAAAGAAAACUUAAUAAGAUAGAAAAAGACCUUGAUGGGUAUGAAGAAAGCCUUAAUCGGGAGCAAGAAAGGUUGGAUUCUAGUUUGUGGUCUCCUUAUGGUGAUUGGAAAGAAAAAGUUAGAAACUCUGUUAGCAGUAAUUUAGAUGUUUUUUUAGGUGAUAUGAGAAUUGCUAUUAAUAAAGUAAAUGGUGAAGGGAAAUAUACUCCUGAAUAUAUAAAAGAAAUAGAAGAGAAAAUUAAGUAUUAUAAGGAAUGUUUACUGAAAACUUCUGACGAAAGAGAAAAACAAAAAUACCAAGAAAUGAUGAGUAAUCUGAAAAAAGAGUUGGCGUUGAUAUUAAAAAAUCAAUCAAAUAAUCACGACCAAGGCAACCAAAAUCAAGACCAGCCUCCUAAAAAAUCUGAACCAACUUCGGAACAGGUUAAAAGUGCCAAAGAUAAGUUAGAAGAAGCCACCAAGAGCAAUAAUAAAGAAGAGAUAAAAAAUGCUCUUAACGAAGCCAGCGAGACGGUAAAAAAUAGUUCUGACCCCGAUUUGAAAAAAAAGAAAGAACAAGUCGAAGACAAUUUAGGCAAAGUUGACCCAGAAGAGUUAAGAAAAAUAAUUAAGACCGAAGUAGAAAAUGAAUUAAAAAAAUUCGGAAUAAAAGCGGUUGAUUUAAGUCCGGAAAACAAGCAAAAAUUGGACGAAUUAAAUAAUAAUGAUAUUGAACCUGCUAAAACCAAAAAGAUAAGAACCGAAGUAUUAACCGACGCCGCAAUAAAAGUACUGGUUAAAUUAAUUGCCGAAGUCAAGCAAGCCCUAAAACAAGAUGAUAAAAAGAAAACUGAAAGUAAAUGUAAGGAAUUACAGCAAUUUACCCAAAAUAAUUCGGAAUACUUUCAAAAUGAUUAUAACCAAAAAAAAGUUGAAGUUCAGCAAUUACUGGAAAAAGCCAAAAUUCAGUUUACUCAAAAUAAUCCCCCUGGUAAAUUUCCGACUGGUUGA